AUGCCCACAUCUGGCUACUCGUCGACGCCGCCGGCGAUUGACACGUCAUCUGUCGACGGCGACGCCAACCACGUCCCGCCCAUCUUCCCGAUUGGACCAUUCACCAAACACGCGGCCAACCCGGUGCUGACGCCCAACCCAGCCUACGAGUUCGAGUCGGCGCACCUAUACAAUGCGACAGCCAUAGUCAUUGACGGGCGGGUGUUUCUCCUUUACCGCGCGCAAAACGCCGCCAAGGUGUCCGUAGUCGGGCUGGCCUGGUCAGACGACGGCGUCAACUUCACGCGGCUGGACCGACCCAUCCUGACGCCUACGGAAGAUUGGGAGGAGGGCGGCGGCGUCGAGGACCCGCGCGCGGUGCGCAUCAACGGCACCGUCUACAUGACGUACACGGCCUACGACCUCGACAAAGCCCGUCUAUGCCUCGCCACGUCGACGGACCUGAUCAACUGGAAGAAAUACCCACCCCUGUACCCGGGCUGGGACGAGCUCGAGGUCACGGUUUCGGGGCGUCACGGCAUCCGGCGCGACUGGACAAAGGCCGCGUCCAUCUUCACGGAGCCCAAUGCCGAGGGCAGGUACGAGAUGCUGUGGGGCGAGUCGUGCAUCUACUCGGCCGAGAGCGACGACCUGAUACACUGGAAGACGCGCCCCUUUGACGAGUACUUUGCGACGGGCGUCCAUCUGUGGGAGAACCGCCUUCUCGAGGCCGGUCCCGCCCCGGUCAAGACGAAGGACGGCAAGUGGAUCUUUUUCUACAAUUCCGCGACCACGGGUGGCGGCAAGUACAAGCCGAACCAGUACUCCAUCGGCCAGAUGCUGGUGGACCGCAACAAUCUGGACAAGGGACCCGUCGCGCGCGCGGAGCAGCCGACCCUGGCGGUGGACCAGAGCAACGAGGAGGUCGGUCAGGUGAACCAGGUCGUCUUCUGCGAGGGCAUCGUCCAGUUCAAGGGACAGUGGCUGCUGUACUUUGGCCAGGGCGACAGCGAGCUCGGCGUGGCCGUGGCACCAGCAGUCUGA